AUGGCGGCGUCGCCCAGCGAUCUUCUUUCCGCUGGCGGGCCGCAGCCUGGUUCGGACGAACAGUUGCACGUCGCUCUGCGGGAUGCGUUGCGCACGGCGGACGUGCUGGCACUUCUGGGGGAUCAGGAGGUCAACGGCAUGGCCACUUCCCUCAGCCAGGGUUGGAGGCCUUCGCCGCCAUUUCUCGGGGGCGAGACACGCUCGACCGACCUCGUGCACCCGCGACGCGAGUGCCCAGGGUGCAAUGAGCCGCGGGCCCUGCAGACGAGCAAGGCGACGUCCGCUCGGAUACUUGAUUCUGGGAGCGUCGUGGGGAAACGCCACGUCCCCUGGAGGUGUUACACUCAAGGGUGCCCAGAGUACUUGCGGCUGACCUGGCACAACUACGCUACGAUUGACGGGAGCCAUUGGUUCCGAGGUGCCCCAUCCACUCUUCGUUGCUUUAUGUUGACAAGCUCGUUCGGCGUGCCCGUGCAAUACCUUCUGCAACUGCGCGCCCGCUUGCUCCGGGAGCACGUGACUUUCGCCGGGGAAGCGUACGUUGCGCACGACAUGGAGAGGCAUUCGCCAGACGGGCCUCGCCUACCUGGCUGUGCUCUUCGGCUAUACAUCAGUGAAGCUUGGUUCAAAUGGCGGAUGUUGCUACGCGUUGAACGCAUGUGUGCCGACGGGGACACGUCCGUCGCCUUGGAGCAUUUUUGUUUGUCCGCUACCUCAGAGGAGAACGCGCGGACCUUGUGGCCGAAGGCUCAAUCACACUUCGAGGCUGCUACCCGAGCGGCGCUGCUGCAGAGUGACCCCGCGCAGGCGAGCAGGCAGGCCAUCGACGGCAACCAGAAGAUAAAAAGAUCUUGCUGCGGAGUGCCGAACCAGGACCGCCAAUUGGAUGUAGCUCUCGGGAAGGCUAUCAGCUUGUCGUGCCGCCGGACGCCGAAAUUUGGCGCACGUUUUUGCGUCGACCACUUUGAGGCGACCUGCGCUGGGGCCAAUUGCCAAUAUAGCGUCGUUGAGCACAAGGAUCCAGAGACUGUGCUGGGAGAGACAGCAGACGAGAAUCUGUUCAGGUUGUGCGAGGCUGGGGGCAAUGACGAGGGGUUCUGGGUGCCAGAGUCCGAAGUGGACCCCCGAGCUGCGAUCCAGUAUUUCGCGGGGAAAGGCUUGGACGCGCAGCGGAGGAUAACAGAGCGGAGGUUGCGGAAGAGGCGGGCGCAGGCUGACGCGCGCGAAGCCGUAUCCGCAGUCAUGGCCGAAGCGGCGUCGUUCUGGCACCUACUGACGCCGCAGGAGCGAGAGGACACGCUGGCCCUGCACUCUUCCUCAGGAGACUUGGCCGCUAGCUCGUGCGGAACGCGCAAGGAAGGGGAGAAGGAGAGACUCCUUUCAGCCCAGACUGCUGGCGUCAUGUGCGCAUGCACGAGCUCUGGGAUCAUCACGUCGUUGCGGGAGCUGUAUUGCGUGGAUGAGUUUCAUGCGACGAGCCACACUGACGCAUGGUGUCUGGCAAACUGUCACCCAAAGAACCCGUCUCUGGCCGAACUCGUGCAAGGGUUCCGUUCCAGCGUUUAUGAGUUCACGUUUACUUGGUUGAGCCAGUACAAGCACCAGACCAAGCACAUGAACCAGUUUGGCUUUUGCUUCUUUCUACUGGAGAUGGCAGACGCUCACAAUGAACGCGUGCGCGCGGGCAGGACUGACCACUUGCCGAGUGCCCGCAGGGGCGCGUCCUAG